AUGGCCUGCAUAGUUGAGUGUCCCGACCUACCCUCCAGUCUACACCAAAUCCACGGACGACCUAUCUGGCCAUUUGAAAUUACCCCAUUCAGCGUGAUGCUCAAUCUCACCUCGACUACGGGCGAAUUAACUGUCGUCAUAGGCAAGGAUGCGAAAAAUGUCUCGACGGAGAACGCUCUCGAUUAUUGUCCCGGAUACACCGCGGGGAUUGAUCUGGCGAGGGUGAAUAACACGGUGAAGUAUCUUUAG